AUGAGUAAGUUCUUGUUUGGGUUAUCUAAUCUGGUGAAGACCGAGUCCAAGAAUGCUAUGCUUCUAGGGGAUAUGGAUAACAAAAAUGAUUUAUGCUCAGCAGCAAAAGUCGGGCGAUUAGGGAGCACUUCUGGUAACAAAUCCUUCCCAACUUGUCCAAAGUAUGGUAAGAACCAUCUGGACGAGUGUCUUGCAGACAAGGAAGGGUGCUUUAGGUGUGGUCAUUAUGGCAGUUGGUUGAAGGAUUUCCUUUCUGCCAGGCAGGGUGAAGGAUGUAAAAACAAUAGGGCUCAGUCGACAGCUCCAACAACACUAGCAGGUCGCCCAACUCAGCAAGGUGCUUCAUCUGGUACAGGUGGUGGUUAA